AUGUACAAGAGAUAUUUCAGCGAUUGUAUAGCUACAAGUAGUGCAGUGCAGAGCAGUGCGGAAAAUAGAGUAACGAUGUGUGUGAAGGGCCAAUUGGGAGAGAGGUCGCCGGGGGCUAGGCUGUUGGAAGCGGCGAUAGAGGACUCGUCGGUGGAGGCCGUGUGGAAGAUGUACUCGGCAGCGAGGGCGUCGCUGCCCUAUAAAGAGCGGGUGGAUAAUCUGACGUGGCGGAUGCUCGGGAUGCGGGUGCGGCGGAUGCAGGAGAGUGCGAGGGAGAUGGAGUUUGUGUCUUCGAGCGAGCCGAUGGAUGUGUCUGUGGAUCCGAUGAACACGGUGCUGACCAGGAGUCCCGGGCCGCACGACAGCGAUCCGUUCGCGUUCUCGCACCAGGGACACUCGGCAGGGUUUGUCGGGUCCGCGGGCCUGCACGACCAGUUCGAGCUGUUCGACACGGCGUUCGACGAGCAGAUGGACGACCAGCUGAUCAUGGAGUUCUCGCGGUCGUCGCCGGCGGUCGCCAGCGAGACCAGCGACUCGUACGCUAGGGAGGUGCUGGCGGGACAGGGCGCUGGGUCGCUGCUGAGGGCGGACCCGUCGAACUUCCUCGACCACUUCUUCCCCUCUAGCAUCAUGGGCAUGGGCGAUGGCAGCGACGGCGUAGCGCUACCGCCUACGCCAGCGGCGACAGCAAAGCCCAAGAAACUCAGGCAACAGAACUCUACGGUGACGCAGGCCAGAAGAGGGUCCGGCGUCAAGAAAAAACCGCAGCCUCUGAGAAACGCAUCGACCACGUCGCUGACCUCGUUGAACAGCGAUCUGGGGACCCCAGGCCCCGGCGUACCGCAGGAGGCUGGCAGGGAACCGGCAAAGGACGGCAGCAAGAGCACGCGAUGUUCGAACUGCCAUACCAGAAAUACGCCGCUGUGGCGGCGCGACCCAGCAGGCAACCCGCUGUGCAAUGCGUGCGGCCUCUUCCUCAAACUGCAUGGCGUGGUAAGACCGCUGUCGCUCAAGACCGAUGUGAUCAAGAAGAGACAGAGGAACAGCAAUACGAGCAAACAGGCCAAGUCCACGAGCCCGAACCUGGAAGACCCCAGACAGACAAGGAAAACGCCAGGCAGCUCGAGCUCAAGGAGGAAAUCCACCGCCAGGGAGACCAGCUCAAUGUCACCAGUUACAUUAGUCAAUUCGCUGUCGAGAGUGAACUCUAAUCUGGAAGCCAAUAAUGACGCCCCCAAUUUUAAUGAUAAUAUUACCCAUAAUGCUAAUGAUGAUAACAACACCAAUAAUAGUCAUUUCGAUUUUUUUCCACAGGCUGAUCUGCCCACAAUGGAAGACAGCACGACACUGAGCCACUCGAGCAACGUCGGCAUCGGGACAGGCAUUGAGAAACCACCAAGGGACGACGAAUCGCGUCCCCAGCGGAAUGACGCUACUGGCAACACUAACUGGGAAUGGCUGAGCCUGAGUUUGUGA